UCUUUCCUUUUACGGUUCUUUGUCCAGUUUUUACAACCAUGCGUAUAUCUAUCUUCUUACUUUAGUAGUAAUCAUUGUGCAAAAGUCAAGUCAAUCAAGAAACGCUAGACAUGAGUGAGAGUGUGGAAUGCUCGGAACUUCCCUCGGAACUGUUACUACCGAUCGGCAAAGGCCUCGACACCCGCAUCGACAUUCACCGAUUCCGCGGUGUCUGUAAAUCAUGGCGCUCGGCUAUUUCUUGCUCCGACUUCAUCCCUCGCUUCCCUCUCAAUUUUCCCAACCCUUUCCCUCCGCCACGGCUAGCUCUAUUGCAUGAUGAAGCUGACCAUCUUCACCAGCAAACCAUAUGCCUUCUCCACGAAGCCAUUUUCUAUCGUCUAACUCCCUCAGCUUCUUCGGAGAAGGGAUGGUUGAUCAAGGUUGAAGAUUGCAAAAUGCAUCUUUUAGACCCACAUCGAGAAAGGUACGAAUCCGAAUCCGAAUCCGAUUCCCUCAAUAUUUUGCCCAACAACUUUGUUUUACUGGACUAUGGUACCAUCGAAUUAACUAGGGUUCAUACCCUUGAAAUUCAAAGCCUCAUUCCAAUUGGGCGUGUUAAUAAAGUUGUGAUGUUCAACGACUGUCAUGUUUUUGUUGUCUAUGGUGACGGUAAAUUAGGCCACGCAAAAUGUGGGGAUGAGAGUUUGACCUGUUUAGGCGAAAAGGAUAUGGAAUUCGAUGAUGUUAUUGUGUAUGAGGGCCAAGUCUAUGUGGUUGAUCGAUUCGGAAUAGUUUGGUGGAUCAAAAUCAAUGAUUCGACAUUGGAUUUGGUUAAAUUCUGGAAUCCUUGUGGGUCAGAUUGUCUGAAGACACAGAAGCAUUUGGUGGAGUCGGAUGGAACAAUCUAUAUUGUUGAUAGAUAUCUUGAUAGGGAAUGGAGAGGCCGUCAUUAUUUCUGUGUGGUUGGUUUCAAAGUGUAUAAGAAGAAUGAAUGGGGUGAAUGGGUUUUGGAGGAAAGCUUGGGUGAUCGAGCUUUUAUUCUGCGUAGUGAUUGUUCGCUUUCUGUUCCAACUAGAGAAUUUUUCGGAUAUGAGGGGAAUUGCAUUUACUUCACUCAGCAAAAUCAAAUUCAUGUUUUCAAAUUAGAGAAUAACAGCAUCACCAAUGCAGAUUUGAAUGAGGACAAAGUUUACAUCCAAACCGCUUUGUACUGUUCCAACUUAUUUAGGAAUCUGAGGAAAGAGAGUGAAUUUCGGCAAUACCAUUGCCGAAAUUCAACAAAAGUAGGAGAGAGAAAGAGAAAGAGUAGGAGAGAGAAAUUUUUGAUUUUCGGCAACACCAUCACCGAAAUUCCUUCUGCCUAUACCUGCUGCCCGAGUGGAUGCUCGAAGUGUGAGUGCGCGCAAGGAAAACCAAACGUGGCAAUGGCAUUGCCGAAAUAG